GCUAAUUUUGAAAAUCCACUCCCCCCAAUUCAAAUCUGAGACUGAGAGAGCUUGGAAAGGAUUCAAACAGCUCUCGAAACUUCACACAAAAAGCGCUGUGUUAGUUAACAUUAUUAAUUAAUUCGUCCUCAAAGCUUCUGAAAAAGUUGCUCCUUUGUUCCAGAGUGUGAAGUUUGAAUCGUCUUCUUUAAUCUUUCCGCAUGCUGAAAGAGAGCAGAAGCUAGUGCCUCUCGAUCUACCAUGUCUCGAAACGUUCCCAGAAUCGAGAUGCCGGAAUCGGAAGAGAACAUGUUCGCGAACUUGUCUCUGUUUUCGCCGUCAAGAGCUCCUCUUAAUUCGAUACCAGAUCCGAGUCAGCUUCAGAAGGCAAAUCAUCUACCCGAAUUCGAUUUGGUUCAGAAAUUGGAAAGUACGCGAACGCAGCAUCAACGAACACUGGGUCCGGAGAAGAGAUUCGAUGUUUCGGAAGGUAGAGCUGGGAAUGCGAACGGUAUGCAUGAUUCGAACCCUAAGAUUGUUGGCCGUAAUGGGAAAUCUCGGUCGGAGCCAAACUCUGCGCAGAGUACGCCCACUAGGAACGGUGCUAGGGUUUCUCUUGGUGGGGGUUGUGCUACGGGCGCACGAGUUGUUCAGUCUUUUGGUGGAAGAGGAACGAGCUCGUUUGCGAGGAUUCCGAGGGGGAUUCAUAUGGCUGAAUCUGUUAGCUUUGCGGAAACAACUCCACUUUUUGAGCUCAAUGAAGAUCAUUCGUUUUGGAAAGAGCACAAUGUCCAGGUUUUGAUAAGGCUGAGGCCAUUAAGUACAAUGGAAAGGGCUAGUCAAGGACAUGGUAGGUGUUUAAAACAGGAGAGUCCACAAACAUUGCUCUGGUUAGGCCACCCAGAGACAAGAUUCACCUUUGACCAUGUUGCCAGUGAGGCAAUAUCUCAGGAAAAGCUAUUUCACGUUGCUGGACUGCCCAUGGUGGAGAAUUGCUUGUCUGGUUACAAUAGCUGUGUGUUCGCCUACGGCCAGACUGGUAGUGGCAAGACGUAUACUAUGAUGGGAGAGAUAUCUGAGGCAGAGGGAAGCCUCGGUGAAGACUGCGGAGUUACUGCACGUAUUUUUGAGUAUCUGUUCUCAAGAAUUAAGAUGGAAGAAGAUGAAAGGAGAGAUGAAAACUUGAAAUUUAGUUGCAAAUGUUCUUUUCUUGAGAUAUAUAACGAGCAGAUAACCGACCUCUUGGAACCAUCGUCAACCAAUUUGCAACUCAGAGAAGACUUGGGAAAAGGAGUAUAUGUUGAAAAUCUUGUAGAACAUAAUGUGAGAACUGUUAAUGACGUUCUAAAGCUUCUACUACAGGGAGCAACUAACCGGAAGAUUGCUGCAACCCGUAUGAACAGUGAGAGCAGCAGAUCCCACAGCGUUUUCACGUGUACAAUCGAGAGCCUCUGGGAGAGGGAUUCUCUAACUCAUUCAAGAUUUGCCAGACUAAACUUGGUCGAUCUGGCUGGUUCUGAAAGGCAGAAAAGCUCAGGUGCAGAAGGGGAUCGCCUAAAAGAAGCAGCAAACAUUAACAAAUCCUUAUCCACUUUGGGCUUAGUGAUAAUGUCUCUGGUGGAUUUGGCACAUGGGAAGCAUAGACAUGUUCCCUAUAGAGAUUCUCGACUUACCUUUCUACUGCAGGAUUCUCUAGGGGGUAACUCCAAAACAAUGAUAAUAGCUAAUGUCAGCCCAUCUCUUUGCUCUACAAACGAAACCCUCAGCACGCUGAAGUUCGCGCAACGGGCAAAACUAAUCCAGAAUAAUGCUAAAGUCAAUGAAGAUGCCUCUGGGGAUGUUACAGCACUCCAACAGGAAAUAAGAAAGUUAAAGGUCCAACUGUCUUCCCUUGUGAAGAACCAUGACUCUAGUGGGGCUCUUUCAGACUGCAUAUCUUCUCAUGAAGAAUUCAGAUACUCUGGUACAUCUAAAGUAGCAGGAGAAACAAGACAAGACAAGUGUCACUGUCAGGUGCACAAUUCACUGAGAAAGAAGGUGAAAAAUAUGAAAGAUAAUUUGAUUGGUGCUCUCAGAAGGGAAAAGAUUGCUGAAUCUGCCCUUCAGAAGUCCGAGGCUCAGAUUGAGCGUAUAGACUGCUUGGUUAGAGACAUGGAAGAAGAUGCCAAGCGCAUUAAAAUAAUGCUUGAUCUUAGGGAAGAAAAUGUUGGCGAGAUGGAAUUCUGUAUGUCUGGUUCAUUGAUGACAAAAGAGUGUCUCAUUGAAGAAAAUAAAACUCUAAAAGGAGAGAUCAAGCUUCUUCUCGAUAGCAUUGACAAGAAUCCAGAGUUGACACGUUCGGCCUUGGAGAACACCAAGCUCCGGGAGCAGCUACAACGAUAUCAGCAAUUUUAUGAGCAUGGGGAACGAGAGGCAUUGCUUGCUGAGGUGACAGGACUACGUGACCAGCUUCUUGAUGUUCUUGAAGCAAAAGAUGAGUCUUUUUCUAAACACGCAAUGAAGGAGAACGAAAUGGAGAAGGAAUUUGAAGACUGCAGAAACAUGAACUCUAAUUUGAUCCGAGAACUAGAUGAAGUACAAUCAGGACUUGGAAGAUACUUGAAUUUCGAUCAAAUACAAUCCAACUUUGUUGCGUCUUCCACCAGAGGAGUUGAGCCGGUUAAUCAAGCUCAUAAACAGGCAGAAACCAUGCCAACUAUAAGUGAAACCCAAGAGGAGGUGGCUAUUUCAGAGAGUAAAAACUGCAGCAACAUUGGUAAUCCUGAUGGCAACAGCGUUAUGCUUCUAAAUGAGCCGCAUGAUGUGCUAGAGGAGAAUGAUAAAUCCAUGAAUAUGCUAACCAACAGAAGUAGUAUGGAAAGAGAAGUUGUACCUAGCAUAGAAGGUUAUGACACGGAGUUAUGUGGCAUGGUCAAUAAUAGAGAUGCAUUAGUGAAGAAGACAGAUGAGGGGAUAGACCGGUCAAUUUUUCAGUUCAAGUUAGGAAAAUUAAUGAAGGACCUCGAGGAGGCCAGAACACUGAAUUGUCAAUAUGAAAAAGAGUAUAAGUCGCAAUUAUCUCAACAAGAAGACAUUGAAGUAGUCCGUGAGCAAGUCGAGACAGAAACUGCCAGAACCAUUCUUGAGUUGCAGGAAGAGGUGACUGCUCUCCAGUCUGAAUUUCAAAGAAGAAUCUGUAACUUGACCGGGGAAAAUCAGUCUCUGAAAGAUACUAUAACUGCAAGAGAGGCAGAAACAAGAGCACUUAACCAAGACUGGGAAAAGGCUACCUUAGAACUUACAAAUUUCAUCGUCGAUGGGUCUAAAUCCAUAAAAAAUGCAUCUACACAGAUUGGAAGUAUAAUCUGUUCAUUUCCACAAGUGAAUGCGUGGAUAGGUGAUUAUGUUGAGAAGGCUGCAAAAAGUUGUAUAAAAAAGGAAGAAACAAUUUUACUUCUACAGAAAAGCUUGGAAGAUGCACGGACAUUAGUAGCAGAGAUGAAUUUGAAGCUGAAUUCCUUAAAGGGCGCAACAAUUGCUCUCAACGAAUUUCAACUGGGUUGCAAUUCUGCAACCACUGAAGAGGCUUUCCACUUGAAUAAUGAUAUAGACAGGAAGAGAAAUGAGGUAGACACGCUUGAGAGCGACUUGAAAGCAAAGCAGUAUUCUACUCUGAAAACAGAACGAUAUGCCGAAGCUGCUUUUGCUGUUGCAAAAUGGCUCUCUGAUUCUAGAAAUCAACACCAAAUGCUGGAAAUAGUACAAGAUAAAUCAGUAAAAGAUUGUGGGGCAUUAAUCUCUGCUUCUCCUGGUGCGGAAGGGAACGCUGAUAUUAGUUUGUCAAAGGAUGGAUAUCUAAGUGAUGCAACAUAUCCAUAUCCAAAGGGUGAUGAGCUUUCAACAUCAAGCUCUGACUUUUCAAACUGUAAAUGGCAACGUGAUUGUGCACUGAACGUAAAAUGUCAAGGAGUUUCAAGUUCUGGAUCUGACGCUCAAGAUAGUAAUAACAAGACUACAUCAGCAGCUUUGAUUGCUAAGAGUGGUUCUGCAAAUAGUGUUUACUGUGGAGAGGGGAGGCAGUCAGUAGAAAAGCCAUUGACUAUUAUGAUGGGGAAAGCAGAAACGGAAUGCAAAAGCAGUAACCCGGUUUCUUCCGAGGCAUGUAUGGGUCUUAUGCAUAGAAUGGAUCCUGUUAGAAGUUUCUUCGAUCGAUUUGAGGAAGUCAAUGCUACCAUGAAAGAAGCUGAUUUCACACUAUGUGAAUUAGUAAAGGCCAAUGAAAAAUCAAAUCAUGUUACUGAAAUGUGGAUUCAAACCCAUGGAGAGCUAAUAGUUAAGGAAAAAACUCUGAUGGAUGAUCUUGACAAGGUAAAGUCUACACUAUCCGCAUGUGAAGAAGAAAAUCAAAUCUUGCUAAAUCAAACACACUCCACUUUGGCGGACAUGGAAAAUUCAGUGUCUUUGCUUGAAGAAUAUUUUCUGGAAACGAAAAGAGGAGUAGAAGAAACAUUAGAGGCUUUGUUUUCCGAUGUCCUUUUAGCUGGAAAAGAGCUCCUCCAAUUGAUUUCCAACUCAAGACCAUCGCUUGAGCAGACUGUAUCUGAAACCAUGGAGAGAGAGUUCACCAUGUAUGCAACAUACCAAUGCCACAUUGGGAAACUGGUCGAUCAAAUUUUGGAUCAGAGAAAACAGGUUAUCACUCCCCACCUUUCAGGCCAAGAAAACCAACAGUCAGAGAAAAUUAAUGCCAUUGGGUAUAAUGCUGAAGAUGAAGUCACGGGAAAGCAAAACAGAGCAGAGAUCGUCAAAGGUUUAGAAAAUGAUGAAGUUGUUCAGUCACAUGAGAGCCUAUUAUAUGAGAACUUGUAUCUGAAAAAGGAGCUUGAGAGAAAAGAAGCUUUAUGUGAAGGCUUGCUUUUUGAUUUGAAGCUACUUCAAGAAUCAGCAUCAAAUAAAAGAGAUAUCAAGAAUGAAAUGGAUGAGCUGUUUGACGCAUUAUGCAAAGUACAGCUAGAGCUGGAGCUGAAAGCAAGUCAAGUUCAUGAUCUUUUUGUUCGUAACGAGAAUCUUGAAAAUUGCUCCAUUGACUUAAAAACGGCUUUGUUCACGUCAAAGUCAGAACUAGAGCAGGCCAAAGAGAGGAUACAAUUUCUUGCCGAGCAGAAUGAUGAGUUAAGGGUCCUCGUUAGUGAUCUCUGUACGGAAAAGGUUGCAGCUGAGGAGGGAAUGGACGAACAAAAAGAUCUUGUCAAAAGGUUGGAAAAAGAAAUCCUUCACCUGACUACUACAGCAGAGAAGCAAUUGCUUUCUGCGGUCAAGUCCAUUGAAGCAAAUUUGGAAAAGACCAGUGAUGAGAAAGAUCAGCUUGUUGAGGAAAUAUGUUCGUUAAAUAACAAGCUUGAGUUGGCCUAUGCUAUAGCUGAUGAAAAAGAAGCAAUUGCCGUAGAGGCUCGUCAGGAAUCUGAAGCAAGUAAAAUAUAUGCUGAACAAAAGGAAGAGGAGGUCAAGAUUCUAGAAAUUUCUGUUGAAGAACUUGAGCGUACGAUAAAUAUAUUAGAAAGACGGGUGUAUGAUAUGGAUGAGGAAGUUAAAAGGCAUCGUACCACCCAAGAUUUGUUAGAGACAGAGCUGCAAGCUCUCAGACAGAGAUUGUUUAGAUUUGAAAACUUCACUGGUGUGGUAACAACCAGUGAAAGCACAGAGGAAUAUAAGAGUCACAUAAGGUCGACAGAGCAGUGUCAGAUACAAGUCAUCCAGAAGGAAGUAGCAGAGAAAACCAAAGAGAUUAAACAGCUAAAAGAGUAUAUCUCCGAGAUUUUACUGCAUUCUGAGGCCCAAGCAUCUGCUUACCAAGAGAAGUAUAAGACUUUGGAGGUCAUGAUUCGAGACUUCAAACUAGAGGACUCAAGUUCGUCAGCUGCUGAGACCAUAUCACAUAAAACUGAUAAAAGCUCAAUAAAGAGUAGAGGUUCAAGUUCACCUUUUAGAUGUAUAGUUGGGAUGGUACAACAGAUGAAACUGGAGAAGGAUCAGGAAUUGGCCAUGGCAAGGGUUCGUGCUGAAGAAUUGGAGUCAUUGCUAGCUGUCAAACAGAAAGAGGUUUGCACAUUGAACACGAGGAUAGCUGCAGCUGAUAGCAUGACUCAUGAUGUUAUUCGGGAUUUGCUUGGUGUGAAAAUGGACAUAACCAGCUAUGCUGACUUGAUUGACCAGCACCAUCUCCAAAGAGUGGUUGAAGAGGCUCAGCAACAGGCUGAAGAGAUCCUCUCCAAGGAGCAAGAAAUCAUCAACCUGAAGAGACAUAUUGAUUCUCUUGUUAAGGAAAGAGAAAGUUGCAUGUCAGAGUUGAACAAGAAAGAUACAGAUGUUCUUGCGACACAGAUAUCUUUGGACCAACUACAAGAGCGAGUUCAGUUGCUUUCUAUGCAAAACGAAAUGCUCAAGAAUGACAAGAGCAAUUUGCUGAAGAAGUUAGCUGAACUUGAUAGAACAAUCCACGAUGCACGGGCCAGUAACCAUCGUGCUCCACAGACAACAAAGGAUACAGUGUCAUUCAACCUUGCUGAUACUGAUUAUACCAAGAGACUGGAAAACGCUCAGAAGCUUCUUUCCCAUGCAAAUAACGAAUUGGCAAAGUAUCGCAAAACGAGCAAUAACCACCCAUCUACAAGAACUCAAGGACAGAGCUCCAGUACAAGAUAUCGGUAAAUAAAUGUUCUCAAAGCUUCUCUUCCCCUUGGCUUGUUCUUGAGAGUAUAUAUCGCACGGUUCAAACCUAUGAAGCUAGUCCAGCAAUCUGAACAACGCACAGGUUCUGAAACUGCGGCAAAGCAAAUCAGAUUGUAGAGUGUUUUUGUAUGGCUUGAUCGUUCCACUUCCAGUAGCUUGAUGGAAUUACGUUCUUGGAAUGUUUUCUUUAAUUUUGUGUGUUAAGUUGGAAUUGUUGUGUAUAUAUAACAUGUCGCUGCAAUUGGCCUGUUGUUGUUGUAUUAUAUGUUUAUAUUUCUAUAAAGGAAGAGAUUCUAUUUUCUUUCUUU